CGCGUGCUCGGCACACUUGGAGAUCCAGCCCAGAUCCUCAACAGGAGCAACUCUCGCCUGGGCACUCAGACUCGGAUUCAGAUUGGGAGCCACAAAAUUAACAGUAUUAUAAUGUCCGUGGAUAACAGCCUGGGAAUCCUGGACUUCACAUUGGCUAAGGAGAGUGAAAAGACUGCAAUGACAGCAGCAAACAUAUACAAAACGUCAGACAAGGAGAACGACCCUGAUCCCCAUUUAACGGGGACUAUUGUCACUACCGGCGCCACUGCUCAGCCAGCCACGCCUACUGCCGUCCAACCGGCCACGCCUACUCUAUCAGCUGGCCAGGAUGUGGGCGAUGGUGCUAGUGGUAGUACGGAACUCAAGUUCCAGUCGUAUGUGAAUGGAAAUGGCAAUGGAGUGUACAAGAUCAUUAAGACCCUGGGCAAGGGCAACUUUGCCAAGGUCAAGCUGGCGAUCCAUGUGCCCACUGGUCGGGAGGUGGCCAUCAAGGUGAUCGACAAGACCCAACUAAAUACGAGUGCACGACAGAAGUUGUACCGGGAGGUGAAGAUCAUGAAACUGCUGAACCACCCGAACAUCGUACGCCUCUUCCAGGUGAUCGAGUCGGAAAGGACACUCUACUUGGUAAUGGAGUACGCCAGUAGAGGAGAGCUAUUUGAUCAUCUGGUGAAGAAUGGAAGGAUGCGAGAGCGGGAUGCCCGGGUGCUCUUCCGGCAACUGGUAUCCGCCAUUCAGUAUUGUCAUAGCAAGUUUGUGGUUCAUCGGGAUUUGAAGGCGGAGAACCUGUUGCUCGAUCAACACAUGAACAUCAAAAUCGCGGACUUUGGUUUCGGCAACACCUUUGAUCCCAAUGCCCAACUGGAGACCUUCUGUGGAAGUCCACCCUAUGCGGCGCCUGAACUCUUCAUGGGCAGAAAGUACGCCGGACCUGAAGUGGAUGCCUGGUCCUUGGGAGUGGUGCUCUAUACCCUGGUCAGUGGAUCCCUACCCUUUGAUGGCGGCACCCUAAAGGAGUUGCGGGAACGAGUGCUUCGUGGCAAAUACCGAGUGCCCUACUACAUCUCUAUGGACUGCGAGAACCUGAUGAGGAAGUUCCUGGUUCUAAAUCCCGCCAAGCGCACUUCGCUUUCGGCUGUCAUGUCGGAUAAGUGGAUAAAUCUGGGUCAUGAGGAGGCAGAUCGAUUGAGACCCUUUCGGGAAAAGCCCAUGGAGCUGCAGGAUGCUGCUCGCUUUGAUCUAUUAAUAAGCAUGGGCCACAAGCGUCGGGAUGUGGAGCAGUCGGUGAAGGGUCAGCAGUUCGACGACAUAUACUGCACCUAUAUGCUCCUGGGCGUGGCCAAGCCGCGAUCCUCCAACCGCAGCGCGAAAUCGGAGGCUGUGCCAACAAUAGAUCUCACUGCUCCUUCGGUCAGUAGUCCACUGUCCAGCAUCACUACGCCCACGGUUACCAUAGCUCACGUAACGCUGGCAAUGGACAAGAAUCCGCCCAUCCAAUCCUCCGCAGGUUCAGGUCGACAAAUUGCUUCCCGUUUGGCGAAUGUUCCCAACACGCCUACUUCCACGCCGCCUUCGGGACCACCUGCCAAACCCACAAGACGCACUCCUGCCAGGACACCAGCCCGCAAGGCCACCAACCAUUCGGGCAGCCAACCCUCCAGUCUCCCGCACACCCCUCAGUCCAAGAGGGCCAGUGCCAACAUGGAUGUGAAACCGACGCUACUGAGUGCCCAGCGACAGUUGGCCCAGAACCAGAAGAUGGCCAACACACCGCCCCGCUUCCAGUACCCGGUUUCCCAGACUCCAAGUCAAGCUCAGGGAUCCGUUAGAAGACCCACGACGCUCUACGAGAAGGCAGAACCGGCAGUUAAGCCCCUUUUGGCGCCCAAGUCACCAGCCAUCGGAGGACGACUUCUGGAAAGGAUUCCGGGAGCGGGAGUGGGAGUUGGAGUAGAAGCAGCGGAGAAGGCCUCGGACAAACCCUUCAGCCGACACAAUGUGGCACGGGCCACCUUCCAUUUUGGCCAGGCACGCAGUGGAAAACGGGGAGGAGUUUCAGGAUCAGGUGCUGGCGGGGAGGAGGACAGCUACCAGACGCCACCCCUAUCCGCUGAUGACACCAAGCCCGCCUCCCGAGUGGGUUUCUUCUCCAAGCUGACCGCUCGCUUUGGCCGAAGGGUAAUCCACCUGAACGAGAAGGACGCGACCGAGCAGCGCAAGAAUCUCACCAAAUAGCCAGGUGUCCGGCGGUU